GACUGGUAGCCGAACUGGUAGCCGCAGUAUAAAUUGAUACGUCCUGCUUGCUUGCCAGAAAAUGUUUUUCCGGGGCUAAUAGAUGCGUUUGUGGUGAUUUGGUUGCGGAAGUCUAGUUGGAUAGCUUUGGAUUGUUGAAGGUGUUCAUUCUGGAAUCGAGAUGGAUAUAGCCUGGGACGAAAACUUCUGGUUUGAGGGUGGGCAGACGGCUCUGAUGUGUGCUGCCCAAGCUGGUAAACUAGAGCUGGUGCAGGAGUUACUGGACAGAGGAGCUGAUAUCAAAGCAGUUGAUGAGGACAAAUGGACUGCUCUGAUAUUUGCGGCCAAGGAUGGUCAUCUAGAUAUAGUAAAAGGUCUCCUCACCAAGGGAGCGGAGAUCGACCAUACAGAUGUCAAUGGUUGGUCAGCGUUGAUGUGGGCAAGCUACAAGGGCCAUGCAGAGGUUGCCGAAGAACUACUACAGCAAGGGGCCUCGCCGAACGUCCAAGCACAUCAUGGCGUUACUCCCAUCAUUUGGGCAGCAGGUCGAGGGCAGACUGCUGUUGUGGAGUGUCUACUACGGCAUGGUGCUAAGGCAAACUCAGCAGACAAGUAUGGCACAACGGGACUGGUUUGGGCAGCAAGGAAGGGUCAUAUAGGAUGUGUAAAAGCCCUACUACACAAUGGCGCCAACGUGGAUAUAGCCGGCAUGAACUCGUGGACAGCGUUGAUUGUAGCAUCACGGGGAGGUUUCACUGAGGUAGUGGAGAUGAUACUACAGGAAGAACCCAAUGUCAAUGCCGUCGAUAAGGAGGGAAUGACAAGUAUCUGCUGUGCUGCAAAAGAGGGCAACACUGAAGUUGUGAAAUUACUCCUGGCGCAUUCAGCCUACAUGAACAUCCAGGACAAGAGUGAAGACACCGUUCUAAUCCAUGCUGUAAAAGGUGGACACACCGAAAUUGUUAAAGCUCUGCUGGACAAAUACGCAGAUGUCAACCUUCAAGGACAUGACAAGAAGACGGCGUUGUUCUGGGCUGCCGACAAGGGUCUUGUAGACAUCGCUGAAGCCCUCCUGGAGUGCAAUGCAAACACGGAAAUAUCAAAUAAGGAAGGGGAAACACCGUUACUGAGAGGUGCACGAAAUAGAAAUCGUGAGAUUGUGCGUUUAUUGCUGGAUAAGAACGCCAAAGUAUCUGCAACAGACAAGCGUGGGGACACAGCCCUUCACAUAGCCAUUCGCUUCCGUGAUAAGAAAGUAUCGGAGCUACUCCUACGGAAUCCCAAAGAUGGCCGCCUGUUGUAUAAACCCAACAAAGAAGGGGAGACGCCAUACAACAUAGACUGCAACCAUCAGAAGGGCAUUCUCACUCAGAUCUUUGGAGCAAGAAGUUUCACACCAGGCGAGGAAGCCGAUAGUGAAAUGAGUGAUCUAUGCAGUAGCGCCCUGGCCGAUAUUCUGAGUGAGCCGACUCUAGCCCCACCCAUAACCGUUGGUCUAUAUGCUCGGUGGGGAAGCGGAAAGUCCUUCAUUCUCAAGAAACUGCAAGAUGAAAUGCGUCAGUUCACCGUGCACAGCAGCAAACCCAUCUUUAGAUUCUCCUGUCUUGUGUUCAUCGUCUGUCUUCUACUCAGCGCCGUGCUGGGCGCGGCCGUACUCUUUAUAUUCAGCAAUUCGCCCGGGGCGUCUGUCGGAGUGUUUUUUACCUUAUUCUUCUCACUGUAUUUUAUACUAGGUCUUGUGUAUCUAGGCAAUCGCAAGAAAUGGCGCGGUAUGCGAACUACGUCUUCUUGGUUGGCUAAGCAGCUGAACUACCUACGUCUUCUUCUUGCCAUGAUUUACUGUAACCCUCCCCCUAAGCCACCCCAGAAUAACAAGGCUCUACCCAUCAGAUUUAUAUUUGGGGAUCAUUUACACCUGUCCAACAUUGGAGGAGAGACGCCGUUAUCGAAGGCUGUAGCGUCACUCAGUGCAGCGGUUGAGAGAGACCUCGGCUUCAUGGCAUCCAGGGUGUACAGAGUCACCAGAAACAAAUACGCAGAAGGUCAAUCCAGAUGGAAACAUCGUUGCUGUAUACCACGGUUCCUUGUCACGCUUCUUGUCCUAGCUUGCCUCAUCGCCUUCCUAGUCCUUCUCUUCUAUUACUUCCUGAACGGCCACACCCUCGCCCAGAAGAUGAAGAAGCACAUCUUUAUCGCCAUGAUAACCAACGGCUGCGUGGUCGCCGUGGCCCUCCUCGUCAACCUCAUCGGACUACUGCAGUUCAUUUUCAAUGUGGUGUGGUCGCCUCAGCUGCGGUUACGGCGCGGCGCCACCCGCAACUGCGACCUGAAAUCAGAGAGCUUCCUGCGGGCGCUGAAGUCGGAGGCGGACACGUUGUCGCAGUUUGUGCACUGCGUCGAUGGCUACCAAGGAACGCAGACCCGCAUGGUGGUGGUCGUUGACGGGUUGGACAGCUGCGAGCAAGAGCAGAUCCUUCACCUAUUGGACUCUAUUAAGGCCCUGUUCUCCUCGCCUGACAACCCGUACAUAACCAUCCUUGCUAUUGACCCGUACAUCAUUGCAAAGGCCAUCGAUCAAAAUCUACACACUGUCUUCAAGGAAUCUAAUAUCAGAGGGCACGACUACCUGAGGAAUCUUGUUCACCUGCCAUUCUACUUGGAAGUUGGGAUCAAGCUGAAGGAUAAUGCUGAAUGUGGGAGCCCCACGACGAACCAUGUGGCACCGUCGAAUCAAAAGCCUGAGAUGAACCAGCAGACAAUCACAACAACCUCAAAGCAAGACCACUUAUCCAAAGAUGAGAGCGACAACCAGGCGCUAGGUAGGAUGCACUCCGGCACCACUAGGGAUGUGUCGCAGCUCCUAGCGUCAGACGAACAGUUCAGCGAUCUUAGUCCUCGUAGCAUGAGUCGUCUUCUUAAUAUCGUAUCCAUCACAGGUCGUCUCUUGAGGGCCAAUAGCAUUACGUUCCAAUGGCAGCGACUGGCCUCGUGGGUCAAUCUGACUGAGAAGUGGCCAUACAGGACUUCACGUCUUGCCGUCUACUAUCGGGGCCAUGAGGAUGCAUUUGAUGACGAGUUACCACUCAAGGCUCUGUUCGAAAGAAUUCUGGAUGAGAUCCCAACAAGCAGAGAAGCUGAGCCUCUACUGGACCUAGACCAAGAUGGGCGGAGUUUCCUUGUAUACCUGACCAAGCACAACCCUGUGCUGACGGUCAGUGACUUACGGCGCUUCCUACCCUGUGCCUGCCAUCUGGAUCCCUAUCUACGCAAACAGAUUAAAGAUUCGCUGGAGAGCCAGGAUUUGGCGGGAGCACUGCCCAACAUCACCGCCCUGCCACGCCCACAGAGUUUCGGCAGUAACUUCCCCAAUCAAGUGUCAAGCCGAUCAUCUGUGUACUCCACCCUGAGUGACACACCAUCAAGGCUCAGCUAUCAGAUGGCUGCCAUCAAUCCAUUCUCUAAAAAGAUACCGAGUCCUGCUGUGAGUGGUACCCCGAGCCCUGGUUUCCUAACAGUCAAGGAUGUGUGUGAUCGUCUACUUCAACUGGAGGGCAUUGACAAACAUUCAAUUCCACGGUACCAGACUAGAAUUGCAGAGCACAAUGUCAACGGUCACGUACUGAUGCAGUGUGAUCUUGAGGAACUCAAGGAAGUCUUAGGGAUGAAUUUCGGCGACUGGCAACUAUUUCGUUCUCUAGUGCUGACCAUGCGGGGUCAGGCGCUGAGCUGCACGCAUUCCCCGAGCAUGUCUAGCAGUGAUGUCCUACAAAUGGAAUCCACGCAAGGAGAGAUUGCCGCGAACGGAACAAACGGCGUCGGAAGCAACAACACCAUACCGAUCUCUCCGCAAUCGCAGAAUGACUAUUUGAACCUCAGCUUUGAAGAGCUUCGUAAGAGCUCGCAGCAUUCCUCACAGCACUCGUCCCUCCACAACUCGCGUCUUUCUCUGGGGACGUCACUAAGCGAAUCAUCUCAGCUCAUCGACCAAUCGGGGGUGAGCGAAACGGAAGACGAAGUGUCGCCGAAACAUGUGCCGCGAACGGACCAUGCAAAUCUCCUGCGUGCAAUGGAUGAGAAAGGCGGAUGCGUGGAUCGUGAGGGCAUCACACAAUUCAUGGGUGUGGUCCCUGACUAUGAUUAUGAAGAUUCUGAGCAGUAUGAAUUGUCGUCAGUCCUGGUGCAUCAGGAUGUUGGGUUGACCCCUGCUGAGGAGAUAUUACCCAGCGUGGGUUUGAAACGUAACCAUUCAUUCAAAUCGGAGGAUUCUAUUAAGCCAAAGACAAACGGAGUGCAUUAUAUUGCCAUGGAGGGCUCCAAACAGGAAAGAACUCCAAUGGGGAAAGCUUCCCUGGAAGGCAAACACAAAAUGAAAAGACCACGGAGUCUGAGCGAAGAAAGCAGCGAAUCAGAACAUAGAGAGGACCAACCUUUAAUGAAGGGUCAUGCUAAGGAAGACAAAGAACAGGAUAAACAUAAAAAGGAUGGAGCUGCAAGGAGAAGCCCAGUCAAAACUUCUAAAGUUAAACCCGGGGAGACAAUCCAACAAACAGAAAACGGGCAUGUCGACAAAGCAAAGAGUCGACAGCUGUAUAGCCCCGAACCAAACAUAAUCAGUCCGGAUUUAAAAGCUCAAGUUGUACAGGAUGUUGAACGGAUGUUUGAGAAUUUAGAAUGUGAGUUGGCCCAUAGGAAGGAACUAUCACCACCCUUGGAGGUACCACCUUCCCUUGAGCCAACCCCAACCAAAUCGGCAAACUUCCGCUUCCCUAAGAGCCCUUUCAAAGGGGAGCAGCAAACCCACGAUCUGUCUCUUCUUGCCGGAUACUCCAGCUUCACCCCGAUGAUGCGGGAAUUGCAGAGCGUCCCUGAGUCGGACAUCAUGAGCGUGACGACUAACUCAGACGACAUCAUGUCCACACCAGGAUCGGAUCAGCCGCGUUAUCGUCGACCCCUCGUACGUCAAUCGCAGUCAAGCGACGUGUUGUUGCGUAACCCCCCGCAGCCCUCGGUGUCUAUGGAGGACAAGCCAAUGAUGCGCAGCGUCUCUCAACCCAAUCGCUUCACGGACACCGGACUCAGCCAGCAGUCCCAACAGCAGCGGACUCUGGAUCAGAGUUUCGACGAGUUCAUCAUGCUCUCUCUUGAGGAACAGCGGAAAAAACGGACUCCUGAAAACGAAGAGCACGAACAGAAUCCCCCGAAAAAUGCCACCAAUAGAGGGCCAGGCAGCCCGUAUUGGAGACAAUCUGCCCCCUCGCUCGGCGCAAACUGUGAAAAUAAAGACAAUGUGUUUAUGGUCAGUAUCGGGGAUGCUGGACCCAGCACAGCCAACCAAAGAACAGCUGUACACAAAGGAAGUCUGAAUCUAUAGAACUAGGCUCUCUCUUUUGGAGCCUGCAAGCUUCCAGUGUCUGAAGGAUCAUUGCUCGGUUUAAGGGUUGUUGGGGUUUUUCUUUUUGAAUAGAUUCUACAAAUGUUGGUGAACAAAUCUACUUAUUAAUUGUUACCUGUGGUGUGACACAGGGUGUUCUAAACAGUUCUUAAUUGAGUUUAGAGUUAUAAUUAAUUGAUAUAUUUUGUGAACUAUACAUUUUUGACGGUUGGUAUAUAUCGCAAUUAACUACAUGUACAACCAAAUCAAUACUGUCGUCAAGACUUAUACUGAGUCUUGAAUUUUUUACACAGGACAAAAUGGGCCAAAUACUAAGUGAAAAGUUGCAAGACAGCCUCUGAAAACAUGGCUGUUUAUUUUGUUACAUGUGGCUUCUUCGUAUCCAGAGCCAAUUUCAUAGAGCUGCUUAAGCAGAAAAUACCGCUCAGCAAUUUCCUCUGCAAAGCCAAAAUUGAGCGUGGCACCAGUCACAUUAAUGUCAACUUUAGCUGGUAACCUAUUUCUGUUAAGCAAUACUUUUUUUCUGUGCUUAGCAAGUAUUUGUGCUUACAGGCUUUAUGAAAUUGACCUCAUGGCCUAAUUUGGUAUAGCUGCUUACGCAAAAUAAUAUUGCUUAAUUAUCUUUUUAAAAAAUAUUGAUUAAUAAUUUCCUGCUAAGCAAUAACAAACAAGA